CUAUUUUAUUAAUAUAAUCGGCAGCCCUGCCUGGUUCGUUUCAAAAAACAAACUCCACCCCGUCGGAUCUGCUCUUGUCGGCGAGGUAGCGCACUGUCGGCCAUGGGUGGUGACAUGCCAUCACACCGUCGACCCGAUCGCCGCACGCCAUCAGCGUGGGAGGCCUCCUUCUUGGAGGAUCGACAGCUCUCCCUCGCCACGCUCGAGUUUGGGCUACCGUUCGAGCUCGCUUCAUCCCAGGAGUUCCUCGCCUACGGGGCAGAUGGGAAGCCCAUGUCAGCUGUUUACUCUUCCAAGGAGUUUGGUCUUCUGCCGAUACCGGAGGGUCCCCGCUACGGUAGCAUCGAGUCCUACAUUCUUCCCCACCUCCCGCUCGGAGAUGCGGCUGCUCUCCGCGACGCGGGCGCGGGCGGCGCGAGGUUCCGCAUCGCGAACCUUCCCCGUCUUGAGGCAAAGCUGGCGGCUCGCAACAAGCUUCUGGGGGUGACACGCGAGAUGGUGCAGUUCCACGGCUCGCUGCAGCAACUCCUGCCGCAGCUCGUCCACCACCGAGCCAAGGUCGCUGGUCUUCUCAAUGCGGAUGCGGACACAGAACUUGGCAAGCCAGCUGCCCGCCUCGAGCACUUCCAGACCGAGGAGAUGCAGGACAUGAUGUCGAGGUGGGAGCAGGACCUGCAGCGGGCUCGUGCUGCUGCCACAGCUGCAAGGCGGAGACUGAUUCUGGCGGUUCACCACGCCACCAUCCUCUUCGUUUCAGAUAAUGUUCAUGCAGGCGAAGAUGUUCACGACACAUUGCUUAUGCUUGCGCCAGAGUUGCAUGAGAGGCUAUUUGGUGACCCUUGCCACGCCGAUCCCUGCUCAGAGCCCCUCGUGCAAGAUGGCCAAUGGAAGGUUCGAGAGAAACGUACAGAUGUUGCCAUUCAGCAAUUCAUGAGGUCUGUGGGCAUGGAGAUGAAACCUGAAGAGUUUGUGGUGUUCUCACUGGCCCGGAGUCGGCGUGAUAUUGUUGAGAGUGAGGGGGAAAUCACCAGGCAGGAGCUCAGACUCUCCGUGAUGCGCCCCAUCCAGGAUGUGAUAGUCGCUGUGGGCUCACUGCAGGAUGUCCGUAACACUUUGAAGGAUCAUUUUACAUACCCAACCCUCCUUGGAAAUCAGGUUGAUCCUGAACAGGAGAAAUUACCUAUGGACUUUCCUUUCUACCCGACAUAUGCUACUUUGUCCACCCAGGAACUUAAGCAUGCUGUUAGGCGGCACCACACUCAGUCCUUUUGAGUAUAGAGUGCACUGAGAAGAGGCAGAGAACAAGUGUUGGUAUAAUAUCUCCUUAUACUGCUCAAGUGAUUGCAUUGAGAAGCAUGACUUUCUAUCUGUUAAGAGUAAAAUCUAUUGAUGGAUUUCAUGGUGGUGAGGAGGACAUUAUUUUGAUUUCAACAGUUUGGUCCAAUAAAGAUGGGAAAGUAGGCUCUCUGAUUCUGAGAGAAUCAACGUGGCUUUCACAAGAGCCAAGUAUCUUGCCCUAGACUCCCUAGUAUAGUGAAGUCACAUUUAAAACACUCUUCCACUGCAUUUUUAGUUCAGUAAUUGCUAUAUUUCUGCCAUAAUAGUUCAGUAGUGCCUUUGGAUUCUUGGAAAUGGAACCACUUUACUGGCUAGCAAUUCAAUAUGGGCUGAUUUAGUCUGUGUCGUUAGCACUAUCUUCUUGAAUAUGACAAGUGGAAGUGUGUUUUUCUUCUUCUAAAAGAUAGAAUGCAGAUGCAUUUUAGCCAUGAAUCA